AUGUUAGGCUUUCGCAUUCUACAGUCUUUCCUUCUCCUCGCUCCCCUAGCCUUAUCCGCUCCCUCAACCCAAGGUUGGAACUCCACGGGAACCGCUGAAGAUGACCAAUUCGACUAUAUAGUUGUCGGGUCUGGUCCCGGAGGCGGUCCGUUAGCGGUAAACCUGGCCCAAGCUGGUUACACCGUACUUCUCCUCGAGGCUGGGCAGAACCUUACUUCGGAAAACAGCCAACAAGUUCCUGCACUAAUUGGCGAAGCUCAAUGGGACGAAGCGCAAAGCUGGUCAUUCUACGUGAAGGACUACAGCAACGAAACACAGGCUGGCCGAAACGACAAACUCGUAUGGUUGAAGCCGGACGGAGGAUACUGGGUAGGACGUGACCCGCCUGAGGGCUCAACCCAACUUGGAGUGUGGUAUCCUAGGGCCGGAACACUCGGAGGUUGCGAUACCCACAAUGGAGGUCUAACCGUCAGGCCGUCUGAUUGGGACUGGGAUAACAUUGCGAACUUGACUGGCGACGAGAGCUGGACACAUGACAAGAUGAUCCAUUACUUCGAAAGACUCGAGCGCAACCUGAUCCUACCUCCUGGCACCCCUGGUCAUGGCUUCAGCGGAUAUCAACCUAUCGGUGUUGGCAAUAAAUCGAUUUUCGAAAAAGAGCCCCAGAUAAUGGCGGUAGCGCAAGGUUCCGCCGCUGCGCUCGGGUUGGAUGCCAGAGCCAGUUCCACCGACUUCGACGUAAUCGCAAGGAAAGAUAUCAAUGAUUUUCGCCCCGAUCGUGACCUAGAAAAUGACGUAUACCAAAUCAGUUUCAAGAAAGACGAGCGCGGUCGGCGUUUCUCCGCUGGUUCAAGAGUGAACCAGGGAGUCGCGCUAGGCCUGCCGUUGACGGUCCGCCUUGGUAGUCUUGUCAGCAAAAUCAACAUUGAUGACGGCUUACGAGCGACCGGAGUCGAGUACCUUGAAGGUGAUAGCUUGUACAUGGCGGACUCUCGUGCCAAGAAGAAUAACACAGCGAUACGUCGCACUGCUACCGCAAAAAGGGAUGUUAUCAUUUCAGGUGGUGCUUUCAACACCCCACAGCUGCUUCUCUUGAGUGGUAUUGGUCCAGCCAAAGAGCUUGAAAAGCAUAAUAUUUCGCUACUUGUCGACCUACCGGGUGUCGGUACGAAGCUCCAAGACCAUUAUGAAGUGCCAGUUAUUCAAGAGUUCCCCAAGAACUUUACCUUAUGGGACGAAUGCGUUGCCCCUGAAGGCCAGCCUAGUCCAUGCCUGGAGGCCUGGGAAAAGGAUGGAUCCGGUCCAUGGGGAACUUUAGGAUUUGACGGCUUCGUUCUACGCACGUCUUCGGUUACGCCUCGACCUGGCGAGCGAGACCUCAUUCUUUAUGGAGUCGCAGAUGGUGUUUUAGGACACCUCCCGCCUUAUGUCAACCUUACGGGUCUACUAAGUGCCAAUGAUGUAUACACCUAUACGAUAUCGGAGUCGCACUCGCGUAAUCGCGCCGGAAGUGUAACGCUUUUAUCUUCAGACCCUCGAGACGUGCCUUUAAUCAAUUUCGAGUAUUUCACUGAUGGUGGUGAUGACGAUAUUCAGGGUCUGGUUGAUGGUAUCGAGUUCGCACGCAAGAUUUUCAAUUCCCUGCCAGGUCUCGACGGUGCUACCAGGGAAGUCUAUCCGGGACCAGAAGUCAGCACUGAAGAGCAGCUUAAACAAUAUGUGCGUGACCAGGCGUACGGGCAUCACGCAUCAUCUACCGCCGCCAUCGGCUCCGAUGAUGACCCUUUUGCCGUCUUGGAUUCUAGAUUCCGUGUUCGGGGUGUUAAGAAUUUACGCGUGGUGGAUGCUUCUGCUUUUCCUUUAACUCCUGGCACUUUCCCGCUAAUUUCGAUUUUCAUGCUUAGCGAAAAGGCGAGCGAUGUCAUCUUGGAAGAUGCGGCCGCUACAUAUGUCGAGUAA